CCGGCCGGCGGGCGGGCGCUCGCAGGCUACCUCGUCGCUCGCUGGCGCGCGCUCCCUCUCGACGCCUGUGGGGAAGUCGGGGCCGCCCGAGCGGCUGCCGCCACCGCCUAGCCCCGACCUCCUCCCCCGUCCCUUCCCGACUCAGUCUCUCCCGCUCGCGCACCCCCGAGUAGUGAGUGGUCCCGCGCAGGGUCCGGAGAGUCACCGCGGCGGCCCGGGUGGUGUUUAAACCAUGUUUAGGAGGAUUUUGCAGAGGACUCCUGGGAGAGUUGGCUCUCAAGGUUCUGAUUUAGAUUCAUCAGCAGCUCCUAUAAACACAGUGGAUGUCAAUAAUGAAAGCUCUUCAGAGGGUUUCAUCUGUCCAUUAUGUAUGAAAAGAUGUAUAACUGCUAUUGAUUUGUCGGAGCAUUACCAGCAAGUGCACGCUGAAAAUGAGACAAGAGGACAGGAACUUCUUAAUGACUCCAGUGUUACUGGUUUCAUAUGUCCCCAGUGUAUGAAAUCCCUUGGAUCUGCUGAUGAACUUUUCAAACACUAUGAGGUAGUUCAUGAUGCUGGUAAUGACUCAAGUCAUGGAGGAGAGGCUCUUGCUCUGAAGCGAGAUGAUAUAACACUACUUAGACAAGAGGUCCAAGACCUUCAGGCUUCACUUAAGGAAGAAAAAUGGUACUCAGAAGAAUUAAAGAAAGAAUUAGAAAAAUUUCAAGGGCUGCAGCAGCAAGAGUCUAAGCCUGAUGGAAUGGUGGCUGACUCAGCAGCAGAACUACAGUCUUUGGAACAACAAUUAGAAGAAGCCCAAACAGAAAAUUUUAAUAUUAAGCAAAUGAAAGACUUAUUUGAACAGAAAGCAGCCCAACUUGCCACUGAAAUCGCAGAUAUAAAGUCAAAAUAUGAUGAAGAAAGGAGUCUUCGAGAAGCUGCUGACCAAAAAGUGGCACAUCUGACAGAAGAAUUAAACAAAGAAACAACUAUAAUUCAAGAUCUGAAGACUGAACUGCUUCAGAGACCUGGUAUAGAAGAUGUUGCUGUGCUAAAGAAAGAACUGGUACAAGUUCAAACACUAAUGGACAACAUGACAUUGGAAUGUGAGAAAGAAUCUGAAAAACUCAAAGAUGAGUGCAAAAAGUUACAGGCAGAAUAUGCCAACUCAGAGGCCACAAUAAGCCAGCUAAGGAGUGAACUUGCGAAAGGCCCCCAGGAAGUUGCUGUAUAUGUACAGGAACUACAAAAACUUAAAAUUUCACUUAAUGAAUUAACACAAAGAAAUCAGAACUUGUCUGAAAAGUUGCUGAAGAAAGAACUGGAGUUUACUCAGUUAGAGGAGAAACAUAAUGAAGAAUGUGUGAGUAAAAAGAAUAUACAAGCAAGCCUUCAUCAAAAAGACUUAGAUUGUCAGCAGCUUCAGUCAAGAUUAUCUGCAUCUGAAACCUCCCUGCAGAGAAUACAGGCAGAACUAGGUGAAAAGGGGGAAACUACACAAAAGCUCAAAGAAGAACUAUCAGAGGUGGAGACCAAAUACCAGCAUCUGAAGGCUGAGUUUAAACAGCUCCAACAACAGAGAGAAGAAAAAGACCAGCACGGGUUACAACUCCAAAGUGAAGUUAAUCAAUUACAUACCAAACUUCUGGAGACAGAGCGCCAGCUAGGUGAAGCUCAUGGUAGGCUAAAGGAACAGAGACAACUUUCAAGUGAAAAGUUGAUGGAUAAAGAACAGCAAGUGGCUGAUCUACAGCUCAAACUUUCUCGUUUAGAAGAACAGUUGAAGGAAAAAGUAACAAAUUCCUCAGAAUUGCAGCAUCAAUUAGAUAAAACGAAGCAACAGCAUCAAGAACAACAAGCUCUUCAGCAAAGCACUACAGCAAAACUUCGAGAAGCUCAGAAUGAUUUAGAACAAGUAUUACGUCAAAUUGGUGAUAAGGACCAAAAGAUCCAGAACCUUGAAGCCUUAUUACAGAAAAGUAAAGAAAAUAUUUCCUUACUAGAAAAAGAAAGAGAAGAUCUUUAUGCAAAAAUUCAGGCUGGUGAAGGAGAGACUGCUGUUCUUAACCAAUUACAAGAAAAAAACCAUACCUUACAGGAGCAAGUAACUCAACUCACAGAGAAGCUGAAGAAUCAGUCAGAAAGCCAUAAACAGGCCCAGGAGAAUUUGCACGACCAAGUGCAAGAGCAGAAGGCACAUCUUAGAGCUGCACAAGACCGUGUUCUUUCCUUAGAAACUAGUGUCAGUGAAUUGACUAGUCAAUUAAAUGAGAGCAAGGAGAAGGUUUCCCAGCUUGACAUACAGAUUAAAGCGAAAACUGAAUUACUGCUAUCAGCAGAAGCAGCAAAAACUGCUCAGAGAGCAGAUCUUCAGAAUCAUUUGGACACAGCCCAAAAUGCAUUACAAGAUAAACAGCAGGAGUUAAAUAAGAUCACUACUCAGUUGGAUCAGGUCACUGCAAAGUUGCAGGAUAAGCAAGAACAUUGCAGUCAGCUGGAAAGUCACCUUAAAGAAUAUAAAGAGAAACACCUCUCUUUAGAACAAAAAAAUGAAGAAUUAGAAGGUCAAAUUAAGAAACUAGAAGUGGAUACUCUUGAAGUUAAAGGAAGCAAGGAACAAGCUUUGCAGGAUCUACAACUGCAAAGACAGCUGAAUACAGAUUUAGAGCUUAGAGCCACAGAAUUGAGUAAACAACUUGAAAUGGAGAAAGAAAUAGUAUCCAGUAUGAAGUUGGAUCUUCAGAAAAAAUCUGAAGCCCUUGAAAAUAUUAAGCAAAUGCUUACUAAGCAAGAGGAAGAAAAAAAAAUCCUUAAACAAGAAAUUGAAAAUUUAAGUCAGGAUACAAAGAUGCAGCACAAGGAAUUAAAUAAUAAAAUUCAAACAGCAGCAGCAGAACUACAAAAAGUGAAGAUGGAGAAAGAAACUCUAAUGACAGAGCUUUCUGCAACAAAAGAGAAUCUAUCAAAAGUUUCUGAUUCUUUGAGGAACUCCAAAAGUGAAUUUGAAAAGGAAAAUCAGAAAGGAAAAGCUGCUAUAUUAGAUUUGGAAAAAACUUGCAAAGAAUUAAAGCAUCAGCUUCAAGUACAGAUGGAGAACGCACUUAAGGAACAGAGUGAACUAAAAAAGUCACUCGAAAAAGAGAAGCAGACUUCUCAUCAUUUGAAAGUGGAACUCAAUUCAAUGCAGGGACAAGUUGUACAGGCCCAGAACACUUUAAAACAAAAGGAAAAAGAAGAACAGCAACUUCAGGGGAACAUAAAUGAGCUAAAGCAAUUGACUGAACAGAAGAAAAAACAAAUUGAUGCACUCCAAGGAGAGGUUAAAAUUGCUAUUUCACAGAAGACAGAGCUUGAGAGUAAACUACAGCAGCAUUCAACACAAGCAGCCCGGGAACUUGCAGCAGAGAAAGAGAAAAUGUCAGUGUUACAAAAUACCUAUGAAAAAAGUCAGGAAAAUCUAAAACAGCUUCAGUCUGACUUCUAUGGGAAGGAAUCUGAGCUUCUUGCCACGAGGCAAGAUCUUAAGUCUGUAGAAGAGAAGCUUUCUCUAGCACAGGAGGACUUGAUUUCAAACAGAAAUCAAAUUGGAAACCAAAAUAAAUUGAUUCAAGAACUCAAAACUGCCAAGGCUACAUUGGAGCAGGAAUCAGCAAAGAAAGAACAGCAGUUGAAGGAGCAGUAUAAAACACUACAAGAUGUCCAGAAAGAAAAGUCACUGAAAGAGAAAGAACUAGUAAAUGAAAAAUCUAAAUUGGCAGAGAUAGAGGAAAUUAAGUGUAGACAGGAAAAAGAAAUUGUUAAAUUGAGUGAAGAACUCAAGUCCCACAAGCAAGAAAGCAUAAAGGAGGUAACAAAUCUCAAGGAUGCCAAGCAGCUUUUGAUUCAGCAGAAAUUAGAACUUCAAGGGAAAGUAGAUUCCUUGAAGGCAACCCUUGAGCAGGAGAAGAAAAACCAGCAAAUGCUAAAAGAACAGGUGAAAAAGGAAGAAGAAGAACUGAAGAAAGAAUUUACUGAAAAGGAAGCUAAACUGCAUUCUGAAAUAAAAGAAAAAGAAAUAGGAAUGAAAAAGCAUGAAGAAAAUGAAGCUAAACUUACCAUGCAGAUUACAGCAUUAAAUGAAAACUUAGGGACUGUAAAGAAGGAGUGGCAGUCCAGUCAACGGAGAGUCAGUGAGCUCGAGAAACAGACGGACGACUUACGGGGUGAAAUUGCAGUGUUAGAAGCCACAGUUCAGAAUAAUCAGGAUGAAAGGAGAGCACUACUAGAAAGAUGCCUUAAAGGAGAAGGUGAAAUAGAAAAGCUUCAAACCAAAGUCCUAGAAUUGCAAAGAAAGCUGGAUAAUACCACUGCAGCAGUGCAGGAACUGGGCAGAGAAAAUCAGUCCCUUCAAAUCAAACACACACAAGCGUUAAAUAGGAAAUGGGCUGAAGACAAUGAAGUACAAAACUGUAUGGCCUGUGGGAAAGGCUUUUCAGUAACAGUGAGACGGCAUCACUGCAGACAAUGUGGAAAUAUCUUCUGUGCUGAGUGUUCAGCCAAAAAUGCCUUAACUCCUUCUUCCAAGAAGCCUGUUCGUGUCUGUGAUGCAUGUUUCAAUGACUUGCAAGGAUAAUGGUUAUCACAAUGUCAGAGUAGUAUUACACUAACAUUAGAUUUUUAAUAAAUGCACUUAAUAGAGGUCUUGGACUACUAUUUGAUUUGGACAGUGGUUGCAAUAUUAGACCAAAUUAGAAUUCAUAUAUUUUGGAAUGUUAUCAAUAUCAAGUAAAACUCUUCUAUUUUUGUGAGACUUGGGCUCAUCUUUCAUUACUUUUUUCCAUUUAACCCCUGGAACAGCUUUCAUGCCAAGUUUAGAAUUAGCCAAUGAAAUGUAAAUAAACUUUGGACAGAAAAUAGCAAUGUAUUUUUUUAAAUAUAAUUUCAUUGUUCACAAGUGACAUGAAUACAGUUCCAUAGCGUACUUCUUUCUCCCAAAUUUAGGAUACAAAAAUGUACAUGGGUGAUAUAUGUUGCACAAUAGCACAUUAAUUAUAUUAAAUACUCUUUGUGAAGUCAUGCACAGAACUAUAAAACUUUCUUUUUUUUCUUACAUAUAGGUUCAUAGCUCAGUUGCAUUAUUAUGUUAUAAAUUUACUACUCAAGUAUUCUGAAUACAGUUUAUGUUGAAAUAUGUAUUAACCAUGAAUUUGAACAUGGUUUUUGUUUUAACAAUAUUGAUUAAAUUCUCUUGGGUAGAUUUUAUGAAAACCUCUGUAAAAUCAGUUUGCUUACUUUAUGGUUAUCCUGGGGUGGGUUGUAUUUUAAAGAUUAGGGUUAAUUUUUCUUUUUCUUUGUCUUUUUCUAACUUUUAAACUCUCACAUAUUUUCAAUUAGGAAUUCUAGAAAACCUCUCACCCUCACCCCCCAGUUGGAGGAUGAAUAAUAGAAAUUGUAUAAUGGUUCCAUUCUCAGUUUCUUAUAAGAGGAAAGUUUUCUGAGAUUAGCCUUUAUAUUAUACCUUCAUAUUGUCUCUCCUGCAUCUUUGGGAAUCUGAGUUUGCUUUUUUAAUGGAUCUUUGUUUUCCUUUUAUUUGGUUUAACCUUUUCUAAGCAUAGCUCAGCUUCACUAUUGUUUUACAAUUUUGCAUCUUAAAGCCAGUAACUGAUAACGCUCUAGUCUUAUCUGCAUAAAUGAAUACAAAUGGUAAGGAGAUAUAAAAUAUUCUACUUUAUAUUUUCUUCUUACCUAAUAGGGAAACAUUUUUGAAAGUUGUUA